GGGUCCAAGCUUUUUACCUCUCUCUCCCCGCAGCACAGGGGAGAUGCUGGAAGCGGCGGUGAGUUCGCAGCGCCCGAGAAGGGCGGCAAGAAGCGUGUAAACUCCUGCGGUCCCCAGCGGCAGCCGCUGCCCCGCGACCCUCCGCCGGCCCCUCCUCGCCCCGCACGCCGCCGGCCUCGCCGCCCCUCGCUGCCGCCGGAGGAGGCUGCCCACCCCAGCGGCCCAGGAUGCAGUUUCGCCUCUUCUCCUUUGCCUUGAUCAUCCUGAACUGCAUGGAUUACGGCCACUGCCAGCCCGGCCGCUGGAGACGCAGCAAAAGAGCUAACUAUGGACCAAAUCCAAUUUGCAAAGGUUGCUUAUCUUGUUCAAAGGAUAAUGGGUGCAUCAGAUGCCAGCACAAGUUGUUCUUCUUCCUGCGCAGAGAAGGGAUGAGACAGUACGGCGAAUGCCUGCACUCCUGCCCGUCGGGCUACUACGGACUAAGGACGCCAGACAUGAACAGAUGCUCAAGAUGCAGAAUAGAAAACUGCGACUCCUGCUUUAGCAGAGACUUUUGUACCAAAUGCAAAAGUGGCUUUUACUCACACAGAGGCCGCUGCUUUCGAGGAUGUCCCGCUGGAUUUGCAGCCUUGGAAGAGCUUAUGGAAUGUGUGGAAGGCUGUGAAGUGGGUCAAUGGAGUGAGUGGGGAACUUGCAGCAGAAAUAACAAAACAUGUGGAUUUAAGUGGGGCCUGGAAACAAGAACCAGACAAAUUGUGAAGAAGCCAGCAAAAGACACAAUACCAUGUCCAACCAUUGCAGAAUCCAGACGGUGUAAAAUGGCCAUGAGGCAUUGUCCAGGAGGGAGAAGACCAGCAAAAACGAAGGACAAAAAAAAGAAGAAAAAGAAUUUGAUGGAAAGGGCUCAGAAGCAGCACAGCAUCUUUUUAGCAACAGAUAAAACAAGCCAGUAAAGACUUGAUUUUCCUUAAUGUAUUUUUUUGCAAAGUGCACAAAAGCUGCUAUAUGCUCCUGCCCAUGGAUGCACUACAAUUCAGCUGCUUUGACAGUAUUGGUGGCAAAUAACUUGUGAAAAUAAAGCCCACAAGCUUGUUUGUUUUAUUUAUAUAUUUUUUAUUUUAUUUUUUCCUUUCAUUUUUGACCUGAAGACUUCAAGGUCAGGAGUGCACUGAGCUGGAUCUGUGGAAGUGGUCCUGAAGUGCAUCAGUGAUAUUGUUCUGAGUGCCUGGUCAACCUGUUGUCAAGGAAAGAAACCUACACAGCACCAGUAGGUGGACUUGUGCAUUUUUAAAUAAAUAGGGGGAAAAGGAAGUCUUGGAGGUGUAGGUACAAUUGGAUUUAUGGCCUUUGUUUCCUAUAUUUGUACAUUUCAAGAGUAAAUGGAUAUGACUUACCUACUUAGUGUUAAUGUACAUUGUUCUCACCCCUGCUACGUCGACACAGUUGUGUAAUAAAACUGCUUUAAGACAACAUGCUGCAGGAUUCACUGCUCAGACCCACCCAAGCACAACAGACUCUGUGUGUACAUAUUACUCUGUCUACAUAUAAAUGAGCAUAUUUACUGUACAUCUAUGCAUUUUUAUGUAUAAUAUUUUAUACAUGUUUAAAGGUAUGUCCUGUUGGUUCUAGUAAUGUACUUUAAAUAAUCCAGUAAAUGUUUACUUUUUGCUAUG